CACUCAGUGCAGACGUCCUGUUUAGUGCGCGUUUGCUUGGAGCUCAUUGGUUCAUGUCCCUGUCAGUCACACGGGGCCUGGACAUGGCGGUCGCAGGGAGCUGGCAGCCUCCCCGGCCGUGCGAGGUCUACCGCGCCGAGUGGGAGCUCUGCCGCAGCGUCGGGCACGUCCUACACCACUACUACGUCCACGGCAAGCGGCCGGAUUGCAGGCAGUGGCUCCGCGACCUGACUAACUGCCGCGAGUGGGAGGAGAGCCGCAGCGCCGAGGCCCAGGUCAGUCUGGACCUGAGAGUGUGAAGGGUACUGUAGAGGACAGAGACAAGUAUGGAGGCUGUUGCUGGACCUUUUCGAGGGAGAUGUGAAGAAACCUCUACUUACUCUAGAUAGCCAUGUAGACAUGGCGAAAGUAAAAAACAUGGCGGAAAGCAAAAGACUGGAAACUUAACUGUCUGUAACUAUAUGUCAGCUAUCAUAAAUUAGUGUAAGAAACAAAGAUGUUUCUGAAUAGAGAAAUGGCCAGGGUCAUGGAGAAGCAAUUCACCGGGAAACUCAGAACACAGAAGCAAUUAUUUCUUUAUUUUAUUUUUAUUUUUUUUUAUUUAUUUUUUUUUGUUGUUGUGAUUGAGACAGGGUUUUUCUGUAUAGCCCUGGCUGUCCUGGAACUCACUGUAGACCAGGCUGGUUUUGAACUCAGAGUUCCGUCUGCCUCUGCCUCCUGAAUUCUGGGAUUAAAAGCGUGUGCCACAACCACUAGGCUUCUAUAUAGUUUUUAAAGUACUUUUAUUCUUAUUUUAUGUGUGUUUUUCCUGCAUAUUUAUCUGUACCAUGUGAAUCUACUGCCUGAGGGUCCUCUGGAACUGUAGUUUCAGAUGGUUGUAAGCUGAUGUUUGAGUGCUGGGAACCGAAUCCCAGUCCUCUGGAAAGCAGCCUCUAACUGCUGAGGGAUCUCUCUAGUCCUUACAAGCCUUUUUAAAAAGUCUUUGUGUGUGCGAGUGCGUGGCAUGCGUGUGUAUAUAUGUGCACACAUUGCAUGUAGAGAGACCCUCUGUUGACAUUAGGCAUCUUCCUCAGUCACUUCCCACCUUAUAUACUGAGGCAGGAUCUCUCUGAACUUGGACGUCUCCAUCUCCUGAGUGCUGGGACUACAGGCAUUCACCCACAUACUAGGCCCCUAUUUGCUUCUUUGUUUUGUUUUGUUUUGUUUUGUUUCGAGACAGGGUUUCUCUAUAUAGCCCUGGCUGUCCUGGAACUCACUCUGUAGACCAGGCUGGCCUGGAACUCAGAAAUCCUCCUGCCUCUGCCUCCCAAGUGCUGGGAUUAAAGGCGUGUGCCACCACUGCCCGGCUCCUAUUUGCUUAUUAAGUAAUAAUGAUCAUGUGAUCAUGUUAGAGAUGGGGUCUGGCUGUAUAGCCCAGGCUGGUUUGGAACUUCAGAUCCUUUUGGCUUUGUCUGCCAACUGUUGGGAAUACUACCGCUCCCAGUUUAAGAAUGUUUGUAAAGAGGCCUACAUAGCACCUGACACUUUGCCAGGAUCAGCCCUGUCAUAAUACACUGUCUAGUGUCUGUUGGCAGUGGCUGAAAGAAGCUGGCAGGAUGGGGGGCACCUUUUACACAUACCCUGUGCAGAGUCCAACAGUAAUUUUAGACGCUCUCCCUCUCUUCCCCACCCAGUGUCCUCACUCCCAGGCUAGGCGGGUAACUAGCUCCACACUCUCCAGGUCUGCUGUUGCUGAGGCUUAGCGGGUUUUGCAUGGCUGAAGGCAGAGACUGAACAUAGUUGUGCAUGCUUAUAAUUGCGGCACUCGGGAGGUGGAGACAACAAUCUCAGAAUUGAAGGUCAUACAUAGUGAUCUUGAGACCAGCCUGGGCUACUUGAGACCCUGUCUAAAACAUGUCCAAAGAACACAAAAUAAAACUGCUGAAGUAAGAUGACCGGUGUGUGCUAAAACAGAACAGUUGCCAAGGAGUGUGGUAUAGAAGCAGCUGAGCCUGUGUGUACCAUGUGCUCCCAUGUGUUCCUCUCUUCAGAAGAGUGUUGAGGAAGAGGGUGAUAUAGGUGCCAUGCAGCAGUACUAAGAGCCCUAGGAUCCAGUGGUGAAACAGUAAGUGACCAAGUCUCAUUUGUACAGCGAUCCCUCUGUGAGAGCGAGCAGGUUCGGGUCCAGGCUGCUCAGAAGCACACCUUGGUAUGGGCCUUGAGGCAAAGGCCCCCUACGGACUGGAACCUCCCUCUACCACAGGAGAAGGACAAGUGAUAAGCAACUGCAACCCUACCCUUGACCUAGACUUUGACUGGCUCUUACUUGACCUGGAACACAGAGCAAAGCAUUUCCAGCCCUAAUUGCCUGCUGCCCACUGGAUCUGGGCAUUUCAUCACUGUAAUACUCUGAAAGACACCUGUGUGCACAUGCUGGAAGCCAAGCACUGAGGCAGGUGUCUGUGAGCACUCAGGUGGGUCCAUUCUGUCCAUGCCAUCUCCCCUGAGAACAUCAACACCAGAUGUGGCAGCCGAGAGUUGUGAAAAUCUCAAGUACACAGUGGCAGCCCCAACCUGUGUGGAUCCAGGGCACAGUAGUUAGAAUAAGGUUGCUAGACUACCUUAUUUUGAUUAUGAAUGACCCUCCUUGGCCAUGAGAGAUGGACUGCAAUGUCUUGUCUAGUGAUUAUCGUGGUAUGCAAGUGCGGAGCUCAUGCUUGCUCAGCUUCCCUGGAGACACGGAAGAGCAUGCUCAGUGGGUAGGCAACUUGUCCUCUGCACCAGCACCUUUUACUGGUUUUGCAGACUUUGAAAGAAAGAGAGAGAGAGAGAGAGAGAGAGAGAGAGAGAGAGAGAGAACUGGGUGGUGGUGGCCCACGCCUUUAAUCCCAGCACUCGGGAGACAGAGGCAGGCCAGCCUGGUCUACAGAGUGAGUUCCAGGACAGCCAGGAGCUACACAGAGAAACCCUGUCUCGAGAAAAAAAAAAAAAAAAAAAAACAACAACAAAAAAAAGAAAGACAGACAGACAGACAGCAUUGCAGGAACCAAGGAGUCUGGAAUCAAGACAUCCAAGUCCCAAGGCACAGACAGAGCUCAGGUCCAAGGACUAUGGGGUUUAGGUCUCCUGAUUUCUCCUCAUUGUUAAUGUAUUUUUUUAAAAAAGCUGCUUCACAUGUUUGAUUCCAAAAGCAACCUGAAAAUUAAAGCCAUGUGACACUUUA